AAAAUUUAAAACCCCAAACCCUUUUUCCUUCUUCACAUCGCCCUCUCUUCUUCUCAAUAGUUAGUUCGGCUCCGCGAACCACGUUGAGAAUCAUCAAGAACCUACGGAUAUGUGGAGACUGCCAUAAUGCCGUCAAGUUCAUAUCGAAAAUAGCGGGGCGAGAGAUCAUCGUCAGGGACAACAAAAGGUUGCACCAUUUCAGGGCUGGCAAGUGCUCUUGUUGGGGAUUACUGGUAAAACCAAGGAGUAGCCCUAUCAUGCCUGGGGACGAUUGUGUUGAGCGCCCUUUGUUUGGUGGGGCGAUAUCUAGUGCAUUUCCUCUUCGAUUCCAGGAUGUGAGCAACAUUCGUGAAGUUCCUGAUCAUCAGGAAGUUUUUGUAGAUCCUGCUCGUGAUGACAGCAUGAUCUUUGAGCUUCUAGAUUUGAAGCAUGACGUGCAAGAUAAUAGAAGCGCUGCCUGGUUUCUUCAAGACCUUGCCACUGAACAAAAUGCUGAAGGAAGCAUGGUGAUUGAGCAAUCAGGAGUCGUUGAAGUACAUGGAUUGUGUUACAGAAAUUUGCCUGCAAUCGUUACUACUGCAGUUGGUCAAAUGGCCAUUUCUAAAGGACGACAAGGUAGGGAAGCACAAAAUAUAGUGCGGGUCUAUUUGGCAAACUUUCGUCUAAAGGAAGUUGGUACUGAUGUGCUAAUCACUGCAUAUGAGCCAAUUGUGAUAAACCCAUUGAGUGAAAGUGCUCUGACAGUGGGGGCUGGUUUAGCUACUCCUGCCAUGCAAUCCGGAUGCAUACCGAUGGCUGAAGUCUUUAAGUCUGCAGUCUCAAGCUUCAAGGUCCAUGACUGGAAUCUCUUUGGUGCUGGUGGUAGUGCUUGAGAGGGUUUUCAAAUGUACAUUUACGAAUCCCAAAGCAUAGACAGCUGCUUGCCGUCCUCAUAGUUGAUCCUUAUUAUAGAAUGUAACUGAGGGUGCCAACUAAAGUACUAGUUGAACAUUUGUGCAUGGUAGACGAACCAUUCUGAUGGGCAUUGCAUGUACUCUGCUUUUGCUGGUUCCAAUGUAUAUGUAAUAUGACGAACAAAACUGGUGGGUAUUUAAGGCAAUCUAAUUAACUGCCAACUUUCAUCAUGGUUUUUGGGUCUUUUCAUGGACUGAGACCAACAUCUUGGUUUCUUUCAAACUGACAUGCUGAACUAGAGGAGAAUGAAAGUUUGGGCUCACAUCGAGAGGGGGUUUUCUUUGGCAGACACGAGACUUGAAAUUGCGUCACAGAUUACCUGGAAAGUGAGUGUGGAUUACUGUAAUGCAACUAUUCUCCUUUUUGUUGCUUGUAUCAACUUUUCUGAUUGGUGCUUGUUCUCUUUCUACUGUUGUUGAAACAUAGAAUAUCCAGUUGCUUUCUGCAGUCA